AUGGCAAUCCGUUUCUGGAGCACUCAGUCUCUACUUGUAGUAUCUCCAGCACGGCAGCGCCAAAAGCUGCCUUCAGCCUUUGGUCGAUCACAACGCUUUCAUCCCUCCUUGUUGUGGGUUGUAGCUCGAUCGCAUUGGUGCGGGGCAACGAUCGGCCGUCAGAGAUGCAGCAGCCUGCUCGCCCUUGGGGCCAACAUGAGCAGUUUCUGCCAGCGUCUGCUUUGGAUCACCAUUUUAUGA